GCCCCCUGCUGGCCGUCAAUGGCCGCUGUAAAACCUGUGUGGAACUACGAGCUCGCUCGCCGGUUGACUGUUACAGCGGCGGGCGACCGCCCCGUACGUACUGCUGCUCCACUAGCCUAUCGACAGGCUCGAGUCAGAGAUCUGGUCUCACUCCCCUAGUCCCCUCCCAUCGCAAGCUCGCUCGGCAGGCACAGAAACGGUAGAGAUAGAUGGGCUACAUCUCACUGACGAGAGAUCUGGAAAUCUAGAGCCAAGAAAAGGAGAGAAGAGACGUCCCCUCUCCUGGAAAUUGUGCCUACGUGCUCAUAGGCCGUAGCCACACUGUCGUCGUCCGUCGUCUGUCCUGCUGAGUGCUGCCGCUCCUGCUUCCAGUCCAGCAGCAGCAGCUUCCUUCCCCAUGCCGUCUUCCCCGCUUCCUCUUUGACCCCCCCUUCGCGGCCUCGUCGCCAGUUCCCCACAGUCGCCUUCGCGCACAUACACGGGCGCGCACGCAGUAGCAAGCUAGAUUCGAGCUAUUCAGCUAUAAGUAGUCAUCUCCUCGUCGUCUUCUUCACUUCUCUAGCCAGCGCGCGCGCCAAUGACUCGACGACAAGGUCGGCAGGCUUGAGUGAGCAGCAGCCAGUGAACUGCAGCAAGAUCGAAGCCAUGAGACUAGCAGCCGCGCUACUUGUGAUCCUCGCCGCCGCCGCGUCUCUGAGCCUCCUCCUUCUUGUGCCAGCUGCCGCCUCCAGGCCGUCUCCCCUGUUCUCCGCUUCCAUGGGUGGUGCCGGCAUGGCGGCCGGGAAGGAGGAGAAGGUGCGGCUGGGGUCCAGCCCGCCGAGCUGCCGCAACAAGUGCUACGAGUGCAGCCCCUGCGUCGCGGUGCAGGUGCCCUCCCUCUCCGUGCCGUCCGGCCCGGCCACCACCACGGCGCGCGCCGACGUGCCGCCGCCGCUCGUGACGCUCUCCGAGUACAAGCCGCUCUGGUGGAAGUGCCAGUGCCGCGACCGCCUCUACGAGCCCUGACGGAAAGACGCGCACGACGCGGCUCCGUUGGCCUGGACGACGACGACGAUCGACGCAGUGGCCGGUCGAUCUCUAUGGAUGGAUUAAGAGGAAGUUGGGUUGAAUUUCGAACUAGUGCUGUAAAAACUGUAGUUUUCCUGAGAGAAAUUU